AUGGGUUUACCCCUGUUUGUGGAACCAGUCGAAUCAGACUUGCCCAACAAGACUUCCAUUAAGACGGGAGCCACCUCUCCUCCGCGCUCCUCCUCGCGACGCCCAAGCCGAUCAGAGAUCCGCGAUCGUCGCAGCGGCAUAAGACGUGCGGGUGUGCGAAUUUACAAUUCGGCGCAGCGAAACGUGCCGCGCAAUGCGCGUGAACGAUUGCUUCCAUGGGUUGAAUCGUCGUCAUCCAGAACCCAAGAUCCAACCGACGCCGCUGCAGCAGACCGUCGAUCAGGUAUCUUUCGUGAGGUGCUUCGAGAGAUGAGUGGGAGUGAUGAACGUCGCAGGGAGCGCCUCGAAGAGCGCAUGAGUGCGCUAUUCAACUCUACUUCAGGGUCAGCGCCUCCGGAACACGAAAAUAUGUCUGAAGGGGUUGAUCUCGGGUGGUGGUCAGCCGGAGAUGGCUCUCGUUUGGCCCAUGUGAGACGGUCAAGAGUGCACGCCCCUCAAUCCCAGACGAACCGGAUUGCAGACGGCCCUCUGCUUCUUCCGCCCCGCAGAGCACAUCCUCGCCAACAGCAGGAUAUAACCGCUACUCGCAGCGGCGAUUUGUCGCCACUUGACCCUUAUUUACUUCGCAGCCUGAAUGCCCGUCAGAUGAUGCCUAGUCGACGCGGUGCCUUGGGUAUGGAUGGCCUUGGUGACCGAGAGAGAAGCCUGAGCCCGGAAGGAUGGGAUACACUUUUGUCCACGCUGACACCAGAUCCACAACCACCAAGCGCAGGCUCGUCCUUUGCAUCCGUAGCAGCUUCCCAAACCGCCGGACCGUCAUCAGGUACACCUACCUCGGCUCCGGACAUUAUGGAGGAAGCACUUCUGGAUGCCCCCUGCGAAUCGGGAUGCGAAAACUCAGACUUGGACAUGGAUGAUGCGGAUUAUGAGCAUCCUGAUUUCGCGCGUAUCCGGCGAACUCGACAAGACAGAAGGAACUUAGAAUUAGUGCGGGCAAACCGACUUGCCUUGACCUCGGGAGACCCUAGGAUGGAAACCACGGGGCAUCCCACACCUGGCAGCCGCACAACUAGACAAAUUAACACGGCAAACGGGCCCCUUACCAUAUACGAGUCUUCCGGGCGACUGGGUCAAGCAAUCGAGCCGACUCGCCUGUCUCGACCCUCCACUAACAACUCGCCAGGCGUCUGGGUCGGCCAGCUCUCAGUCGGGGCUUUAGGUCAAGAAGACGGCGACGCUGACGGGCCCAGUCAGAACCCAGAAGACGCUACGUUCCCUACACAAUCCAAUGCAAUGGCCUCGGAAGACGACUGGGCGGGCAUGCAACGCAUUGUGCGAAGCCUUGCCCGGAGAGAAGACAUCCCCGAUGAGUGGUGGGCUGAUGCUGGUCUCAGCCGCACACUCAGACAGGAGGAAUCUAGUACGACGAGCAACGGUACUAUGCGUCAGGGCAUCUAA